UCAUCCAUGCCCUCUCAGAUUCGUCAGAAUUAUUCCACCGAAGUGGAAGCUUCCAUGAACCGCCUGGUCAAAUUACAACUGCGGGUCUCCUACAUCUACCUCUCUCUGGGCUUCUUUUUUGACCAGGAUGACAUCGCUUUGGAGGGUGAAGGCCACUUCUUCCGGGAACUGGCCAAGGAGAAGCACGAGGGCACCAAUCGUCUCCUCAAGUUGCAAGACGCUCGGGGGGGUCGAGCAUUCUUCCAGGAUGUGCAGAAGCCAUCUCAAGAUGAAUGGGGUAAAACCCAGGAGGCCAUAGAAGCUGCCUUGGCCCUGGAGAAGAACCUGAACCAGGCCGUCUUGGAUCUGCAUGCCCUAGGAUCUGCCCCCACAGACCCUCAUCUCUGUGACUUUUUGGAAAGCCACUUCCUGGAUAAGGAGGUGAAACUCAUCAAGAAGAUGGGCAACCACCUAACCAACCUCCGUAGGCUGGCAGGGCCAAAAACAGAGCAGACUGGCGUGCCCCAGGCAUCUCUGGGAGAGUAUCUCUUUGAGCGUCUUACUCUCAAGCAGGAUUCGGAGGCCUCUGCCUUCAAGGAGCUCCCUCCUCUGCUCUGCACCAGCCCAUCUCAGAACGUCUCAAGCCACUAG